AUGAAAGAACAGCUGAUGGCAGAGUUUACACUGGAGUCCACAUCCUCCUGGUGGCGUGCUGAAGUCUUGGAGACUGAUGGAGGGUGUCAGCUGACUCCCCGCCGGCAGCAGCAGGAGCCGGGAACCAAAUUCGAUGCAGAAAUAGAAUGUGUUUUAACGGGUCAGAUCUCAUCAACCCCUUUUGUGGUGUUUCGAAGUGGCCAUAUUUUACCACUACAACAAGCUCUUGAUAGAAGAAAAGAACCGCCUCCUGAAAAGCCACUCCUUACAGACGAUGAGACUAUCAGUAGCGCUCACUUGAUAUCAUUGAUAGGUUCGGUGGUAGCUGCACUAUUCACAAAAACACCAAAGGGAGAACACUAUCUACAUCUGAUUCCCUUGGAGGAAGGCUUGAUGCCUCAGUCUCGUCUGCAGUUGAAGAGGAAAACAGAAGAUGAGGUGCAGCUUAUUGGGUACACCUUGGUCACUUACGAAUCUUGCCAUCUGUUAACUUUGUGGUCAGACAGUCAACUCUACAGUUUAGAACUCCCAGCCCGUGGUUGUGAGCAGUUUCCAGGCAGAACUCUAACAACUCUGACCGGCAUCAGUCCUCGUCACCAGACAGCCAUGUUGGCUCUCAGCUCCACUCAUCUGGCUAUCUACGGCGCUCGUGAAAAUGAGGAGGGUGCUCUGGUACUAAUAUUCAACACACAACUGUACGUGCGCCAAUGCAGUAUGCAGUUCAAGAUGUACACAACACCGGCGCGGCUGUGGGCAGGGGGACAACACGCCGUGCUGGUGGUGACAGGACAGCAUGUAGCCGUUGUGCCGUUCUACCUGGGCAAGCAGAGGUUGGCUGCACUGGUAGGCUCACAGGCCCCUGACUCUGCCCCUCCCGCAACCCUGGCUGUGUGGCAGACCACCGCAGUCAAAGAGGAAGUAGAGGAGCUGAAACCGGACACUCAGCCUCAGAUGUUUCGGCUCAUCCAGACACACAUUGAGGAGGGGCUCUCACAGAGGAUGAUUGCUCAGAUGUUGUUCCCAAUAGCCAUAGAUUCGAAUGAUCCAGAAGGACUAACCACACUUCUAAAAAAUAUUAAUGACAUUCCAGAGUCAUGUAUCAUAGCUGUACUCUCAUUUUGUCUCAAGGACAUAGAAACGCCAGGACACAAGGAACUGCUGAGACUUGUGUUGUCUCUCCCCAUGACAGCAGACUUGAGCACUCUCGGACUGCUGAGGCACAAGCUGAAGCUAGGGACAGUGCUGAAUCUGCUGAGACAACUGUCCGAGGCUAUGCUCCUGACUCCUGGAGACCCUCAGCUCGUGGAGUGGGCUACCCUACUGCUGGACGCCUACUACCAACAGUACCUCCUCUCUAGAGAUCCAGCUGUGAUAGAAGUUUUGUCAGAACUGAAGGCUAUAGUGGAUAAGCAGAUGGAAGAGAUCAAGGUGUGGCAGGAACUAGAAUCUUUACUCCUGCAACUACAAAACAGACAAGGGUUGCCAGACUCAUCACUCUUCACCAACAAUACGUACUCCAUUGAUGAGAUUAAACUCUAUUGAUUUUUAA